GGGUAUUACUCAUCUGGGUGGCCUAUGGGUAUUGAGCCGGAUAACCAAGGGAUAACUCAUGCAACUCCUGAUGAACCCAAAGAACCCAAAGACAACAUAGUGGGCGAGACUCUCACCCAACGCGCGCAAGAAGUGCUUGAAGCUCUCAGGAGCUUUGCCACCCGCAACCCCUCACGAACCCAUCUGGAUAAUGCCGUCAACCAGAAUCUUUUCUCAGCCGAAAACAUACUUGCAUUUACGCAUCUCUACCUGCAACAUUGCCACCGACAUUGUCCGAUCCUUUACCUCCCAGCAUUGCAGGCUCAAUCUACAACUGUGCCACUGCUAUUGGUCCUUUUUCUAGGCGGCUCGUUACACUCCUAUCCGAGAGAUACUUUUGAUCUAGCCGUGGAUUGUUUUGAUAUUGCCGAGGAAUUUUUGUUCAGCUUGCCAGUAUUUAACCCAGGUCAAAGGAAUUCUCCGUCUUCAGAGGUAGAGGAACACGAGGCACUAAAGGCAGGCGUAAUUCUCUUACACUUGCAAAUCGGGCGCAAUCAACCUGGCAUUCUGCAAAGAGUAAGAUACCAGAGAUUCCCCAUGUUAGUACAUGCCGCGCGGUCCCGAUCCUUUUUUUGUUGUCGGCGCCAUGACGAGUCGCCACGGUCAGCGUGGAAACCUCGGGCCUGCCAGAAGGAGUCAAUGAUCAGAACGGCCGCCUUCAUUCUGCUACUUGACAGCCAGUUUGUAGUAUGUCUACGCUCUCCUCCGAUGAUCACGAUCGCAGAAUCAAAGGCAGAUUUGCCCUGCAACGAGCUCCUGUUUGCCAACUACCAUUCGUCAUCAUGCGCCAACAUCCCACGGUCACCUUCUGUCCCCGAGGUAAUCGAUCUCCUCAUGAAUGGUGCCUGGGACGGACCAAGCCAUCCCGCACUCAACAACCUUGGUGUUUUCGGGCUUUUUACUGUGAUAGCUGGGCUGCACGUGGUAAUAUUCUCGGCCUUUGCAAGCCGGAUGAUGCAAGUACAGUUGCCUUCCCUGGAUCGCGCCUUGUCCAGAUGGAAGCUGCUAUGGGAGAGGCUGAUGUCACGCAUUAGCACCGAAGAGAUGGAGCUGGCCGGCUUCAUGAACCGGGCUAACGAAAUAUGGCUCAUUGCCAAGGUGCUUUUACGCACCGACUCGGACGAAUUUUUCAGCGGGAUUGAAAGUCGGUCGUGGCAGGCUUUCAACCGCCUGCUUCGACGGGUAGGCGAGGUGGCCGAUUGACACCCCUUGUAUAUCGG